GGGUCAUGAAUUACGAAUUGCGAAUGGUUCUCGGGUGGGACAACGCAACAAAAGAAGAGUCUCUGCCGUUUGGUCCGGGUCGAAGCGACGUGAUGAGCUGGUUGACAACAGGGAGGGAUAUAUAGGCUUUCCCGUCCAUGCCCGGGCUUCUUCUACAGUACCUUCUCAUUCAGACCUUGCCAUCAACUCACCAACACCUCACACACACUCCACUCGUACAUCACCAAACCGCCUACCCAACCAUAACCAUGCCUAAAGCUCCUUCCUUCAUCCAGUCCGACGUCGACACUAAACCCUACAUCCGACCGGAAGGCGAGACCACGCCUCCUCCUCCUAAACAAAAGAAGCCUUCUGGUUCCCCGACCAAGAAAGGACCGGGCUCGCCCUCAAAGGCACAAGGAUGGUCUUUGGAAGACAAGCAAACCCUCUUGCUCGCCGUCUUGGCUACGGCCAAACCGGACUUUGCGUCUAUCGCCAGGGAAAAGUUUCCUACUAGGAACGCUAAUCAGUUCGCCGCUUUGCAGGUCAACUGCCAGUGGAGGUUGGUCCUACAACAUGGCGUGACGAUGGGUAACACUAACGUUCUUUCGAUUCUAAGCAAGGAAUCUUGAAGAACCUCGAAAAGAACGGCACUCUCUAAGACCCCAAGCCGACCGCUCGUGUGUUU